UAUCGUUUAUUGCAUUACUGUAAGCAAGUGGAAAUAGACGCAAAGUGUUGAUUAACCGAAGUUUGAACUAGAGCACAUAUCUCUCGUUGUCAAAUUAUCACCAGAAGUGACAAUGGCAUCAUCAAUGUGCUGUUUUGUUCUUCUGAUGCCACUUUCGAAUAUUUUCCUGAUAGCGGCUUGCAGUAAUUUACUAGUUGAUGUGAAACCAUUACAAAAUUUACCAACAAUUCAUGGUGACCACUGGGUUGACAAACUGAUAAUUUCCAGCAUUGUCGGAAUAUGCGUAGGUGCACUCCAUAUCAUUUUCAUGGUUGGCUUCUUCUGUUUUACAAGGAACACUACAGAAGAAAGCCUCAAACUGAGAAAUGGCAGAAUCGCUGUAUGCUUAGUGGACAUAGUUGCUGUUGCACUGGUUUUAACGGCCCUCAUUGUACCAGGAAUGGAUCAGUGGCCGGAUUCAUAUCGACAGACAGAUAUCGCGAUGUACGCAUCAAUUCUUUUUAUUGUUUUCAAUAGUUUCAUAGCAUAUUUGGCGGGUAGAGCUGCGUCUCAGUACGUAGCACCAGUGCAAAAUCAGAAUACUGUUGAGAUUGAAGUAGUUCAAGUUCAAUAUUCAGGUUGGUCCAUUGGAAGGUUUUAACGCAGAGACGUUAGUUUUAAUGUCAUUGUUUAACGUGUUGAUUAUUAGCCCAUUUCGAGUCGUAAGAUGUAGAAUUUAAUUGAGUUGCCGAGGUAAAAAUUGGAAAUAAACCGAAGUGAUAAGGAAUAAAUGCAACGAGGAGAAAG